AUGACGAAACAAGAUAGACUAGAGAAGGGUGGUAACCCCUUCUACAUCGACGUAGACGGAGAAGGGUUCGUGCAGGAAGUAGAAGAAGAACUUAAUGACUGUGCUAUCAACAUAAAGGACUCAGCAACCAAUAGUAAACCUGUUGUAGAAAAAUCAGUCACCCUAGACGUUUCAUAUGCAACCCAUGUAGCACCCCUUACAAUAAUACGGAGACCGCUCACUCAACAGGAGUCUGAACUACAUCGCAGUACUGUCCUAGAACUAAGAAGGUUCAUAUACAACUCAAUCGUCAGUGAGGAUUUCUGCGUAUCGUGUGAUGUCGUUAAUACAAUUAACGGAUCAACGGGGGUCCUAUCGGAGAUAUCAGAUGUAUCAUCUGUAGAAUCACCUGAUGUCGUCAAAGAACCGAUUGAUGCCAAGUCACCUUCACCUUCGGCAACUACAAUAGACCGUGGCGAAGGAGGAUCAAGGAAAGCACAAAGACUGAUGGGCCCGCCGAUGCCAAAACCACAACCGCCUGUUUCGGAAAGCAAUACAACCAAGAGAAAAAAGGAUAACGAACUGAGACUUACAGGGUUGCGCAGGAAAAUCGCAUUAGAAGAAACUAACAUAACGGACCCUGCCCAACAGAAAACCGUGGAAACCGUUGACGCUCGAGGCAAUGAUGCCAUCAGGUUGGAGGUGAAUACCAAGAAACUAAGCAAUAUUGUGGCCGAUAUAGAGCACGUACAGAUGUGUUCGUCGGUGCCAUUCCCACGCUUAUUCAGACUUGCGAGGGAGAAUCUGUCCGCUGGUCUUGUAAGCGCUGGGAGGCGCUAUUUCCUAGCCAGCGACAGUGUUAAGAUGCAAGUACAGCAAAAAUGCCACAAGACCUUUCUUGCACAUUUUUAUCGAAGAAAACGGUCUGUAUGCUUCUUCUGUGGGCUCAUAUCAUGCGCACGUACGGCAAACUCCAAACAACGAUGCGACGCUAUGAGAUGCCAACAAUGCUCAUUCCGCCAUAAAUGGGGAAGACAACGAUGCAAUGACAGAGGAGAAAUGGUAGAUUACUACCAUCGCACAAACGACUGGCGUAAACGACGUGUAAACCCGUGGCUGUCUGUACCAAAGAAAAUUAAAGCCUGUCUAAAGUGUUUCCAUUGCGGCAAACCAGGAGAGGCCAACUUCCUCUGCCGUGGCCUAUCAUGCCCACAAGGCGCGGCGACGAUCGACUACAGAUGUCUGGAAAUGCUUGGAAAACAAAAUCUUGACAGGCUGGUGCGUCAAAAACCGCAUAUGUUCAGGCAUCUAAGGGACCGUACAUUCGAGUUCACCUGA